AUGGCGUGCAUUUGGAUCUCUCAACUAAGAAUCAUCUGCAGCUCCAAGACUUGGCUCUUGCUGUUUUCCAUCCUGCUGCUCCAGGGGCCUCUAUGUGGACAGAGCAGCCCGAUCUCCAGCACCCAUCAGAGGCAUCGCCCUGCUCCGGGGCUGGGAGAUGGGCAUGGAGGUGUGGUGGAUCCGUCAUUGCUGGAGCAGGGCAACAACAUGGACAUGCAGAGCCUGCUGGAAAGCCUGAAGGAACAGUUUCUGCGGACUUUCAACCUCUCAGGCUUGGGUCCUCCUGCCCUGCCUCCUGGAAGCAUUCGAGAAGAGCCUCCUGAGUACAUGAUGGAGCUCUACAACCGUUUUGCUAAUGACCGCACUGCCAUGCCCACUGCCAACAUCAUCCGCAGCUUCAAAAAUGAAGAUUCAUCUCCCAGUGUUGUGGGUGUUGGAGGAGUGAGGCGUCACCCACUCCUAUUCAAUGUGUCAGUCCCACAUCAUGAACGUAUCACAGCAGCCGAGCUUCGCCUCUACACCCUUGUCCAGAUUGACCGUCAUCUCUAUGCUGGUGUCGACCGUAAAGUCACUAUCUACGAACUGGAAUUGCAUGACAGAGACAACAACAUGACUGAUGAGAACACCAUGAGAGGCGAUGGAUUCAUAGAGGAAGGAGAGCGGAUAGAGCUGGUGGAGUUGGCUUCACGCCAGGUCUACGGCACAGAUAACGGCUGGGAGGCCUUUGACCUCACUGCUGCUGUUCAACGCUGGCGCAAAUCUGACCAUGGCACUACGCACCAGCUGGAAGUGCACAUUGCCAGCAUGGGUAAUGAAGAUACUGUUCAAGGUAUGACAGGGGACAACAAAGACAGGGAUCCACCUGAAGGGGACAUGAAGAUUGACACCAGCCCUGAGGAAAAACACAAACCUCUGCUGAUUGUUUUCUCUGAUGACCAAAGUAGUGAUCACCGUGAUGACAAGCGUGAGCUGAACGAGAUGAUUGACCACGAAACCUCUAACAUGGUUCUCCAGAACGACUUGGGGACAGGUCUGAAUGGGCUGUGGGGGGAGCUGGGGAGGGACAGGGAUGGAGGAGAUGAAGAAGUUGAGCCAGAUGAAGAGGACCUCAUCCAAAUGCGCUCCAAUCUGAUCUAUGACACUGCAUCUCGCAUCCGUCGCAAUGCCAAGGGAAACCACUGCAAGAAACAAUCUCUGUAUGUAGAGUUCAAAGACAUUGGAUGGGACAGUUGGAUCCUUGCGCCACCUGGUUAUGAUGCCUUUGAGUGCAGUGGCAUUUGUUCUUUCCCACUGACGAAACAUGUCACACCCACAAAGCAUGCCAUUGUCCAGACAUUGGUCAACAUCAACAGUCCUCAGAAGGCGGCACGAGCUUGUUGCGUGCCCACCAAGCUGGACCCUAUCUCCCUGCUGUAUCUGGAUGACACAGGCGUGGUCACCUACAAGUACAAGUUUGAAGGCAUGGUGGUGGCUGAGUGUGGCUGCAGAUAG